UAACAGAACCGCGACUCGAUCGUUUCAUUCUGAAAUAUUAAUUUGCAUGAAAAUGAUUGAAAAAAAUUAGAUGGAGAAAAAUAUGUGAUUGAAAAAAAUUAGUUAAGCUUUAAGAUUAGAAGAUUUAUAGAUAGAGAAUAGAAAGGGUUUGCGGGAGAUCCCGAGAAAAUAAAAGAAGUUAAUAAAAUUAGGAUUAAAAGACUAUGAAAGAAAUUCUUACUUGUAAAUUGUAUAUGCUUAAAAAAUAAUUUCUUUGGCAGUACUUUACAUUAUUUAAUUAAAUAAAUCCUGUGUAAAAAUUUAUAAAAAAUUUUAUAUACUAUUACGUUCGAACAAGACAAAACAGUGAAAGAAAUUAUACGUUGUUUUUUAAAAAAUUAAUUGCGUAAAUUGUUCUAACAAUAAGUUCAAAGCCAUCGAAAACUAUGUCGAGAUCAAAACAAUUGAACAGUUGGAUUCCUUCUGAAGAAUAUGAUUCUUCAGAAACAUCAAAUUCUGAACAAGAAGAUGAAUUUACAAAUAUUGGCUUUUUAAAUCAUCGAAUACAUGAAUCUGGCAAUUGCUUUUGCCAGAGUUGUCCAUUAGGUAAUGCUAAAAUGGUUAACCUGAGAGGAAGUGUGCCUAAUCUCUGUACAUCCACAAACCUGACACACAUUGGGACUCUUCCACCUUUCUAUUCUACAGUAUAUAAUAUGAGCUUUUGUUCAAAAACCAAUGAUUAUCAAGGCAAUAAAGAUUAUAAAGGAAAUCAAAGCAGUCAUUCUUUAGAAUUAGGAAAAAAACAACAAGUGAGGAAUAGAAUAUUAGAUGAACAAAGAACUAAAUCACAAUCGGAUCUUCUUUUAAGAAGAAAAGAAUUUCCUUAUUGUUUCUCACAACAUUUUCAAGAUACACAAAAAUGCCAUAAGUGUCAAACAAAGACUGAGGAACGUUUAAAAAAAUUAGAAAAUGAACGUGGAGCACUACGUAUGGAAGUAUCAGUUUUGUCAGAGCAAGUGGAUGCACAAUCUAACAAAAUACAAGAGUUGGAAAACAUGCUUAGGGAAAAGAAGGAUACUCUUAGAAGAAUGGAAGAAGCAUUACAAAAGGAAGUACUCUCAAGAAGUGCUUUGGAAACACAAAAAUUAGAACUCUUGAGUUCUUUAUCAGAGAUGAAACUUAAACAAGCAAGUUUAGAGCAUGAAAAUCUUGCACUGCGUAGUAUAAAUCCUAUGUCAAAUGGAGAAAAAUUUGGGAGGCAUACCAGUCAAUAUAGUAGUCUUCCUAGGCCUCCAAGUACUUCAAAGAAAGGUGUAAUGUUCGGUAAGGUACCCAGUUUAAUUUCUGGAGUACACACAACGGUACCAUUGGUCGUUAAAGGAGUCUCCGCGAGAUGCCUGUCUGCACCUACUUUAGCUGAAGAAGAAAAAACAAUUAUAGGAGAUUCAAAUUUUCAAAUGGAGUCGAUUCAGAAACCUCUGGUAGAACUUUCAAUGGAAGAAAUUGGAGAUUGGCUUACAAAUUUGGGAUUAGAAUGUUAUGCAGGCGAAUUGAGAAGAUGGGGUGCUACUGGAUCAAAAUUAUUAGAAUGCUCUCAGCAACAAUUAGAAAAGGAAUUAGAAAUUAAAAAUGUUCUUCAUAGAAAAAAAUUAUUGUAUGCAAUAGAAUCAGAAAAAACUGGUGGAGUUGAAUUUCUUGGAUCGGAUAAAAUGGAUAAUGCAGCAGUUUUGCGAUGGCUGGAUGAUAUUGGGUUACCACAACAUAAAGAAGCUUUUCAAAAUAGUAAAGUUGAUGGCAGAAUGUUACAUAGACUCACCACUGAAGAUCUUUUAAAUCUUGGAGUUACUGCACAGUUACAUGCUGCAAGCCUUAGAAGAGGAAUUCAGAUUCUACGAGAAUUAAAUUUUGAAUUUGAUAACCUUGAAAGAAGAUCUACAAAUGGCAAUGGAGCAGAUGGUAGUAAUGUUCAUCUUUGGACAAAUCAUCGAGUAAUGGAAUGGCUUAGAGUAGUUGAUUUAGCAGAAUAUGCACCAAAUAUGAGAGGAUCUGGAGUACAUGGAGGUUUGAUGAUGUAUGAAGGCAGAUUUACUUCAGAAUUGUUAGCCACAAUACUUAGUAUUUCGCCAGGAAAAACUCUUCUUCGUAGACAUUUAACAACACAUUUCAAUCAAAUUCUUGGAAGAGAAGUUGUACAAAGGAAAAGAGAAAUUGAAAGUACUCUUGGAUUCGUUCCACUUACGCUUACUGCUCGUUUGAAGGUACCUAAGAAAUCUCAGUUUACUUUAAAACGCAAGAAAAGCAAGAAUGAAGCAGAUUAUGGUAAUUUGGUCUGCCCUUUGGAAACUUCACCACCAGGUACUCCAUCAACACCUACUUCGACAUCAGGCAGCCCUAACUUAAAUUCACCUACAUUCUAACAAUAAUCAGAGAUCACAAUCUCAGCCAAGAGAUAAUAGACAAAGAAGAAUUAUUGGUUGCAUCUGAAAAAUGUAAUUACAUCUGUAAACAAGAAAGAUAUCUAGGGACCAUUAUUUCAUCUACUUAGACUAAGUUUGACUAUUUAAUUUUAUAUGAUAAAAAAAUCUGUAAAAAGUUUAAAUGUGCUUCCCAUUGAAGUAAUUUUUCUAGAAAAAAUUUGCUUUUUCAAUAUAUUUAUUUUGCUAUGUACAAUUUUUACAAUAUUUUCAUAUUUUAAAUAAAGAACAAUCUUUAUAAUGGAAAUAUUAAAUUUUAUGAAUAUAAUGAAAAGUACAAGUUUUAGUCAUGUAAAAAUGACUAAUUAGCAUAUAUUUAUAAAGAACAAGAAAUAAAUUAAUAUUUAUAUUGCUUCUGUAUUUUUAUCAUGUUUCACU